AUGUUGCUCCACAAGCUCUGGCUAGCAGGCGUGAUAUUGGGGGCUUCCCAGUCGGCCCUUGGCCUCAAGCUCCCCCACUCGCUCCUGGCGCUCCAAAACGUAUUCUCGCUCCAGCAGGCCCUGUGCCCUCACUACUCGUCCUUGAGCUCCCACGAGCUACCAAUAGACUUGGGCCAGUAUUCCGGCGAAAUAGUAGCCAGGUUGGACUACUCGAACGACCAUCAGCUCAAAAAGGCAUUGAUGGGCCGCAGCAUUUUCAAGUUCAAGAAAUGGGGCAAGAACAACGUCCUUCAAACGAUGGAUGUGCAGUUACACCCAGACACCUUACAGGAUAUGGCCCACCAGUUCCCCAACAUGAAGUACGAGGUAAUUAUUGAUGAUUUGGCCCAGAAGGUAUACGAGACAUACCCCCAGCACUGGGCUAGCAGCAAGUUGAACCCCACCCGCAUGAACGUAUUCUCAGAGCUCUUCUUCAAGGAAUACAGACCGUUGGAAACUAUCAACGCGUGGUUGAACAUCCUCCAAGAGACCUUCCCAAACCAGAUCAAGCUCGAGACCAUCGGAUACACCCACGAAAAUAGACCAUUGCAGGUGGUCCACUUCUCCACCGAGGCAGAUCCUGACCACAGCGACAAGCGCACGGUGGUGAUCACAGGAGGAAUACAUGCCAGGGAGUGGAUUUCUGUCUCGUCGGUGUUGUACUCCAUCUACGAGUUGUUGCAAUACUACAGCGCCAACCCUGACUCCUCCAUCCUCUCCAGGUUGGACUUCUUGUUCAUCCCUGUGUUCAACCCCGACGGGUACGAGUAUACCUGGUCUUCUGACCGGCUCUGGAGAAAAAACCGCCAAGAGACCGUUAAUCCAAACUGUUUAGGAAUUGACAUCGACCACUCGUUCGACUUCCACUGGACCCGUUCUUCGGACUGGGAAUGUGGUGAGGAGUACAGCGGCGAGAAGCCGUUCGAGGCCCUCGAGUCCAAGGUGUGGGACGAGUAUUUGAACGCCACAAACGAGAACCACAACAUCUACGGCUUUAUCGAUUUGCACUCGUACUCGCAGGAAGUGUUGUAUCCAUACGCCUACUCGUGUGCCAACCAACCCCGGGACGAAGAGAACUUGAUUGAGUUGGCCUACGGUAUUUCUAAGACCAUUAGGCAAGAGUCUGGCAAGAACUACAAUGUGAUGCCUGCUUGCGUGGACAAGGAUGCUGACUUGAUUCCUGACCUUGGUGCGGGAAGCAGCUUGGACUUCAUGUACCACAACAAGGCUUACCGUGCCUACCAAUUGAAGUUGAGAGACAGCGGAAGCCAUGGCUUCUUGUUGCCAGGUAAGUAUAUUGAGCCGGUGGGCAAGGAGAUUUUCGCUGGAAUCAAGUACUUCUGUAUUUUUAUUUUGGGAGACGACUAG